AUGUGGUGGCUUCUUCCUCGUUCCUGUCUAGGGUUUGUAUUUGUAUUUUCUUUGCUCUCUGUGUUUUCCCUAAUUCCUCCUCUGCCACUGCCUCUGCCUCUUCUUCUUCGUCGUUCUUCGUUCUUCUUGUCCACCGUGUUUUUCUCUCUUUUUUUAAAAAAAAUUCUCGGCAUCUCGUCAUCAUUGUUUCUGUUUGUCCAUGGUAGAUUCAAACCCCUCGGUCAACCUAUCGCUUUCUGCUUUUGAUGCGUCGUGGAGAGCAGUGCGUGUUGUUGUUCAUCAAAUCUCGCCGCUCGUUUCAAUUUCGGAAUAAGGCAUAAAUUCGUCUUCGCGGUGAUUUUGUCUCAGGUUCGCGCUUCCGCUAUUUUGAGCCGAAUGGAGUCUAAUCAGGACCGGGACGUGGAGGACGACGGCAGAGCAAUCGCCACAAUCGACCGUGAUGAGCGGAACGCCGGCGAGAUUUCGCCUUCCCAGCCACCGCGGACGGCGGUCCGUAACGAGUUCCUCAAGGAAGAGCUGGCCAACGGCGACCCCGAGCACGAGACGCUCCUCGUCCCGGUCGGCGGCUCGCAGGUUUCUCUCCCCUCCCGGCGGUUCCAGAGAGCGGUGGCUCCUCCGAGGCGGCCUUCCAAGGACCGCCACACAAAGGUGGAGGGGCGGGGGCGGAGGAUCCGCAUGCCGGCGGCUUGCGCGGCGAGGAUUUUCCAGCUGACGAGGGAGUUGGGGCACAAGAACGACGGCGAGACCGUGCGGUGGUUGUUGGAGCACGCGGAGCACGCCAUCAUCGAGGCGACGGGUACCGGUACGGUCCCUGCGAUCGCAGUCUCCGUGGGCGGGAGUCUGAAGAUCCCGACGACGCCGUCCUCGUCCUCUAGGGAAGACGGUGAUCAUCCGAAGAAAAGGAGGAAGCGAGCUUCGAACAGCGAUUACUUCGACGUCCGCGAGCCCGUCUCGACGCGGUCAGGGUUCGCGCCGAUCACGUACUGUAGCGGUGGUGGUGGUGGUGGUGGUUUAAGUCACGGAUUGAUGCAGUUGUGGCCUGUGGGGACGCCGAAUGGUGGCGAUAGUGGUGGGACGGUGUUUGUGUUGCCCGGCUUGUCUGGUCAGGCGCAGCCGUCGUUUCUGGCGAUCCCGCCAAAUUUCAACGUCGGCGCUCGGCCAAUCUCGAACUUAAUGGCUGCACCGACUGGAGGCGGAGACGGCGGCUCCACAGAGGCGUCGACGGUGGCUCCGAGCUCGAGCUCACCGAUGGCGGCGAGUGUCGUCAGUGGCAGCACAAGCAGCGGCACGCCGCACAUGCUCAAGGAUUUUUCCUUGGAGAUAUACGACAGGAAGGAGCUUCAGUUCCUGGGGCGGAGCCCAAACUCGCCGCCGUCAUCUUGCUCGAAGCCCUGAGUACGGGUCGUCGUCAACAGUAGAUGCCAAAGGUUAGAGCUGAAGAAGUAGGGCGUUCUCUGCUUUUUGAUUUCUUCCUUGUUUUUUUUUUUUUUUUUCCAAAUCCAGAGGUUGACAUUAUGAAGAAAACGAGGAACGCGACCAGCAUCCUGAAACGCAAAUCCUAGGACUCAGUUCAUUCAUGCCAAUGUCGAUUCGUGCUUUCGCUCCAAUCUGUGACUGUGAUUUUCCAAUUUCAAUCU